GCUCUUGAGAGAUAAUAUAAAAGCUCUUGACACCUGCCACCAUCUCCACAAUUCUGCUCAUCUUCUCUUGCUUGCUUCUCUUCUCCUGCUCUUGACUCUCCUCCACCUUUUCAAGAUGUCUUGCUGCUGUCCUCCAACCUGUGCCAUCCCCUCCUGCCCCCAACCUUGUUGCUCCCAACCUUGCUGUUCCCAACCUUGCUGCUCCCCAUGUAGCUACCCUGUCGGCGGUCUGGGCUCCCUGAAUUGCUGCAACAAUUCAUGCUGCUCCUCUUCAUGCUGCGGUAACUCAACAUCAGCGCGUUGCCUUGGCAUCACCAGUGGGGCCAACGUCGCAUGCGUCAGCCAAAUCCCACCAUCGGAAUGCGUUAUACAUCCACCUCCUUUUGUGGUUGUGGUCCCGGGGCCUGUCCUCUCUGCCUCCUGUGAGCCUCUUCGUGUGGGAGGGUACACAGCCUGUGCCGGUUGCUCCCCUUGUGGACGCAUCUGCAGUUCCUCCUGUUAAAUUGGAAGAAUGGGAAUGAAACGGCUUACCUGGAAAGCAUGGAACGGAUCGACGGCUGACGACUUCACGGUCCUGGGUGUCAGAAAGAACGACUCUUCCUCGUUCAAAUCAGGAUCAGUUGGUGCCUUACAACAUGGCAAAUGCCCGUGACCACCAAUGUGUGAUGGUUAUUUUCUCUCUCUCUCUCUCUCUAAGCUCUAUGUCUUUUCCCUAAAAUUAUGUCAAUGAUGUUGAUUUGGCCUCCGUGGGCUUCACAUUUCUCAGGGGCCCACAACGUUCUUCCUACAUAAACAGUAACCUGUGUUUAUCUCUGCAUACAUUUCCUCUGAAACCUUUAAGUUAUCCCAGCUAAACGGGAAGUGGACAAACCACUGUUUGCUGAGUAAAGAAUGCCUGUUUGUCAUCCGUGGAACUGCUUCACUGCAAAUGAUGUCACACCUCUUUUUCUUUCAAUAAAGCUUCUGUCUGCACCAA